AUGGAUGUACUCAAGACUCUCAACAGCAACCCCAAGCCAACAAUGGGCAACCUGACCUUCUCGUACACACAUCUCGCAGCCAUCUCCAUCCUUGUACCGACGAUACGACACCUCUAUGUCGAUUACCAAAACUUCAUUGCGUUAGGUCCAGGAGGAACACCAAAGACGAUCAUAGGCUACUGCAAGGUCAAGGCACUGGGCAUGUUCGCUCUCCGGAACCCAUAUACACCACCAAAGAUUCCAUGGUCCAUGACACAGAAGGAGGGCUGUUUAUCAGACCUGCCACCGCGCGAAGGCUCCCGUCCUUCGACUCUUGGGAUCGCACCUCACCGUCAGACCGACCAGAAACCAUCGCGAGAAAUGUACGAGAAGCUAGCCAGUGCAAUCCACACUAUUGCAGAUGACAACAUGCAUCUUCAUGAAGGAACAUCGUGUUUCGAAAAGCACGGCACUGGCUUAUUCAGCGACAACCCACAACGACGCACCUGCGGAGNNGGGGAAAUCUACCAUGCCCACCCCUCGGACGGAUCUUUGCAUCUGACGCUACACCCCGCGGAUGCCAAACUCAUGCUCGAGGGUUGUUGGGGUGAGAGACAUCCUCUGGCAAGAGGCGGAUGGCUGGAAAGGUUCGUCCCUGGAGGAUUCGUCAUGAUUUAUGCGCCGCGCAACGACAGCGAGCUCGAAGUGGUGCUGGAGAUAGUGCGUGCUGCAGCAUGGUAUGUCGGAGGUGAAGACAUCAAGAGCGAGCACGACAAACGCAGAGACAGUGCUCAGGCAGGGGAUGUCGCAUAG